AAGCCUACAAGCGUCCUGAAUUCGUGGAGGAACUCCGCGCUCUCCUGACUGAGCAGGGGACGGUGUCGCUCGAGUGCAAGGUGGUCGGCGUGCCCACGCCCGUGCUGAGGUGGUUCAAGGACAGUCGCGAAAUAAAAGCCGGCGAUGUGUUCGCGUUAACAGCGAAUGCGGAAGACCCCACCUCUCUCGGCACGUACACUUGUGAGGCGGUGAACUGCAUGGGCCGAGCCUACUCCUCAUCGAAGGUCCAUGUCGUCGGCCGCGGCAGCAGGGAGGGAUCCGCUAGGCCGAGUACCAGCAGCGUAACUCCAGAGCCUCCGCCGAUCUUCACGAAGGAGCUAGAGGACCAGUUCGUGAGGGUCUGCGAGCCUCUGACCCUGGGCUGCCACGUGGUGGUGCCACCCUGGCCUCGCAGCGUCGUCUGGUACAACAAGGAAGGGAAGGUGGAACCCAGCGAGAGGUACCACGUGCUAGAAGACGGGGCCGGUGGGUACUUGCUGGAGGUGCCGUGCGCCGAGUGGCCUGACGAGGGAGAGUGGAAGUGCGUCGCAACCAGCAGCGGCGGCCGCGUGGGCAUCUCCACUUGCUAUGUCACUAUGGAUGUGCCCAAAAACUACCGAAAACCGAGAUUCAUGGAGAACCUUCAAGCGGUGUUAACAGAAGAAGGCCUAGUCUCCUUCGAGUGCAAAGUUGUAGGCUUCCCAACACCUGUACUCAGCUGGUUUAAGGAUGGACAAGAACUGAAGCCAGGAGACGUCUACCAACUAACUGGUACCAACUCCUUAGGGUCUUACUGCUGUAUAGCCAGGAACUGCAUGGGCCAAGCCAGCAGUUCUGCUGAACUGACCGUCGAGGAUAUCCAGAACCAGUUGAAUGAAGAAGAGAAACUACAGCUGUUCUCCAAGAAUCAGGCGCCGAAGUUCAUCCAGGGUUUGAAGAGUGUCGAAGCUAAAAUUGAUGAGCCAUUCCGUUUUUCAGUUAAAGUCGCCAUUCCGCCUGAACCGUCGGUACUAUGGUACCGAGACGACCAGCCGGUGGACGAGUCUUCUCGCUGCCACCACGGCCGGGAAGACCGAGGGGUGUUCUACCUCGACAUCCAAAGCCUCGAGUUCCUCGACCAAGCCGAGUGGAAAUGCGUCGCUAUGAACGACUUCGGACACAGCGUCACCUCCUGUUUCCUCAAACUAAUCAUACCUAGACACUAUAAGAAACCUCGAUUCUUAGAGAAUCUUCAAGCAAUAUUGUCUGAUGAGGGGGCCGUGAACCUCGAAUGUAAGGUCAUUGGUGUCCCUCAACCUGUACUGAAAUGGUACAAAGAUGGUGAAGAACUCAAGCCAGGUGACAUUCACAGGAUCAUAUCUGGCCAAGAUGGCACUUGCUGUCUAGGAACUUAUACGUGUGAGGCACAGAACUGUAUGGGUAUUGCCGCCAGUUCUGCUUCACUACUUGGCUUUGAAGAUUCAAUGAAAGCAAAGAAGAAGAAAGCUGAAGAACAGGCUUUGCAAAGGAACUUAUCCCUCAGCACUAUACAUGAAGAAAGAACUUCACAGAUGUAUGAUACUCCUGUUGGCGAUGUAACUACUCUUGAUGAUAAAGGUGAGAUCUCAUUCUCUUUUGAUGGGAAAGAAGUAUCGGUGUCUCUGUACGAAACUCCGGACUUGACCGAAGAAGAAGCUUUACAAAUUGUUGAAAUGUAUGCUGACCAAUUAUCAGAAAACAUUACAGAACACAAUGUGGUUGAACUCCCUCCAUUAAGAUUCGUGAAAGAAACUUCGACGUCUGGUAAUUUGUUGAUGGAGGCAGUUAUAAUUGACGUCUCACCCGAUUACUUUGUGCCUGAUGAAGAUAUGCGUACUGAAGCAGAUAUCGAAGAUAUAUCGAUAGCCGACGAAAACGGUCCACCUCAGUUGUCGUUAGACCAAGAUAUUGGAAUGGGAGGAGAGGACUAUUUAGAGAAAACAAUGGCAAUGAUGUCGGAAGAAAAGUCAGAUGUUUCUCUUAAAUUAGGGAGGAAGAAGUCGGAUUCCCAGAGAAGUGCCGAUGACUUUUUCAGUUUAUCACGAGAUCAAUCUCUGUCUGAAGAAAAGAGGGAUGAUGACACUCAAGCGAUGUCGGAUCUACAAAGUUUUGCGAGCGCGCACAGUUCUGGAAAGCCUAAAUCUAAAUCUUCAAAGCCUUCAGGAGAGGAUGGUCAGGAAUCAUCAGAGCCUACAAAAACUAUUCUAUUUAAGGAUGAAGUUUUGCGUCAGUCGUCAUUUGAAGCAGAGCCGUCUCCUGUUAUUAAGCCCAAGAGAGAAAGGCGCACCAGUCGUAGUUCAAGACGAUCCAGCUCAGGCAGUGAAAAGUCGGUAAGCAAAGCCAGGGAAGACGUCCUCAGGAAAAAAGAGUCCGUAGAAAUAGAAUUACCCAAGAAACCGUCAAUUACAGAUGAAGAAUUUAAGAAUAAAAUGGUCAACAUCAGCACUUCGCUAUCUAAAGUAAUAAAUGACGUUCAAAUUAUUGAAAGAGAUAUCAUUCUCAAGUCUGAACUCAUGUCAUCGGCAGCAACGGCUUCGAGAAGCUUAGAAAUUAUAAGUAGUUUAAUUUCUCCAUUGUCGGAAAUACAUAGUAUUGCAGAUGCUGUUAAAGAAUCUGCUGUUGAGUCUAAAGAGGUCAGCAGUACAUUAUUUAAUAGUCUGCCGCAGCCAUUGAAGGCUCUUCAACAGUCAUUAGCCUUUAUUGAAAAGUGCAUUGAUAUGGAGAGUGACAGUAGAACUCUUGUAAAAAAGACUUGCGUAGCAUUUAUCGAAACGUGUGGAAGUGAAAUGCAGAAAUUAAUAACAGACAUUAAUUCUGUAACAGCUACAGAUUAUUUGCUCACUGAAGACAGAGUUCUUACAGAAAUCGAGUCAUUAAAUAAGGAAAUGAGUACAGUUAUCAAAUUUUCCGCAGACACUAUCAAAGCCAGAAAUCUUCUUAGCGAAGCAAGUGAAAUCAAAGUCGACGAACCUUCUCUUGAAGUCAAACAUCUGAGGGAUACUCAAAAGGCAGUAUUUGAAUUGAAAAGUCCUCUGAUGUCUUUGCUCUGCAUCGCUGAAAGUGCUGGAAGUGGUAAAAUUAUAGAUGUUGCUAAAGUACGCAACAGUGAAGUUAUUCUCAACGAUAUGUCCGGUUCCAUACAGGACUUGCAAACAGCUCUAGAACAAAUUGAAACACUGUCGGUAAAAGAAUCAACUUCACCGUUACAUAAAUACAAUACUGAAAUUAUUGAAACUGUUAUGGAGUCAGUUGUUAAGCUAAGAACUUCUUUUGAACAACUCUCUACUGAAUCUGAAGGUGAAGAUCAAGCCGUCCUUAAGGAAGCAGUAGCCUCAAUUAAAGAAAACCUCAACAAAAUAUCGUCACAAAUAGAGGUGAUUGAAAAGAACGUUGGCACCUUUGACGUCUUGCAGAGUGAGAAUAAACUGGAUGCUUUGCAAAAGAUGGCCCAAAUCCUUAUUGCUUUGGAAAAUAACCUGCCAAGAUUAGAGCCGUUGCCAGAAAUUAAAAAGCACAUGACGGUGUUUCACAAAAACUUGACGAAAGUGUUAGAAAAUGUAAUAGAAAGUAACGAGUCUAAGAAAUAUUUCACUCUUAUGGAAAUUUGUGACGCAGUUAAUAGAAUUAAUGCGUCCAUAAAGAAUCUAGAUGUCGAUAAUGUAUUGCCUCUUGCGAGUCUACACAACACGUUAAGGAUUAUACAAGACCAGUUUAUCACGAAUGUUUUUGAUUCAGAGCUGAAUUGUUCACUUCUUACUAAUAUAGCAGACACCUUGGUUGGUAUUCAGGAAGCUAUCAAUACGGCGGAAGAAAUGACCAUACAUGUUGAUUCUGAACACGUAAAGGCUAUAGCACCUCAUGAGUACGGCGAAACGAAAGCUAAAGUAGCAAUUGAACAUAUUGAUCAUGCAAUAGCUGCAAUUGAAAAUGUGAAAGCAAUAGAAUCCACUCAAGAAUUUAAGACAAGCAUUACGCCCACACUGGAGAAUAUUUGCCCUGUUUUAGAAGAACUGAAAAAGAGUAUAGCUUCAACUAAAGCUAGUGGAAUCGAAGAAGAACAUAUUUCUGAUAUAUCAGAUAAAUCAUCAUUUGCCCAAACAUUCGCUACUCCACUCUGUGAACUUAACCAGAAUAUAAUGGUUUUGAAUCAACAGAUAGUGGAAAAUAUUGAAAGCUUCAAACAAAAUAGUGAAAUUAUAACAACUAUAGCAGAACCACUUCAUGAGCUUCACACAACUUUAGAAAUAUUACAGCAGGAUGUUAUAUCUCAAUAUGGUGAAGAUGUAACUCCUUAUGACGUAAGUGUAAAUAUGGCUAGCGCUGUACAAAAUCUACAAAGCUGUAUUUUAAUGAUACAAGAACAGGCUGGAGUAGAAGCGGCUGAUGAAAUGUCAACAUUAGAAGAUAUAUCAGGAAUAAAAACAACAGCAGACACUCUUCCGUCUGACCGCUUAGUGCUACCAACUGCCGAAGAAACUGCUAUUGAACAAGCGAUAUUGCCUUUCAAUCAGGAGGUUCAAAGUACAGCAACAGCACAAGCAUUACAAACUUUGAAUGAACACAUCACUGUAUUACAAACUCCAGAAAUAAUUGAUGCAUUAGAUACGUUAUCUGAAGUCAGUGAUUAUUCUAGUCUAAAGUCAUUCGUUAUAGGAUUAGGUGAAUUGCAUUCAGGAAUCGAAGAGGUUCUACACCCUCUUAUUAUGGAGGGAUCAAAUGAAAUACCUAAUUUAUUGAACCCGUCAAAGCUUACAGCUAUUGCUGAGCCGAUGCAGGAACUACAGCAAAGUUUGUCGGUGUUAGACACAAGCAACAUUCCAAUAUAUGAAAAUUUGUUAGAAAUGCCGACGGAAAGAAUACAUUCCGUGAUUCAGAGCGUAUCUGAAUUUAAAGAGCAUUUAGAUAAGUGUAUGCUCGCUGUAUUCCCUGCUAUGCAAACGGCCAAUAAUACAGUUGAGAUAGCAAACAAAGUUGGCACACUAAGAGAAGUGUGCGAGCAUUUAAAAGACAUUAUUGAAACUACUAAAACUGUCGAAAAUAUUCCAGUGCCAGAAGAAGUUAAAGCAUUGGAACGCACUGUUGAUAGUUUACUUGAUGCUACCGAUGUCUCCAAAGGAAUCAAAAUCGAGCAGGUGAAAACUAUUACAGAAGAGUUAUAUGAAAAAGUCGCUACUGUGCAAGAAGAACUCAUACAAUUUACCCCGCAAGCUCCAGAAAAGUUGGCUAAAGAAGUUGCAUUAAUUCAAACUAUUGAUGAAGUGCAAAGUAACAUUGCUGUACUAGAACAGUAUGAUUUUGUGGACCUAUCUCGUGCUUCAGACUUGACAUGUACUUCACCACAAGUAGCCGUGGAAAUAGAAUCUGAUUCUCUUAUGCUGAUGGAAGAUAUUGUAGAUAGUGCCGUUAAUGUGGUGCAAGAUUCCAAACCAGACUUGCCAAUGGCAGACCUUAUGAUAGUUGAAGACUUUUUCAAGACUUGUAAAAGUGAAUUUACAAUUUUGCGUUGUCUAAUAUCAAAAGCUACAACUCAUAAAAAGAUAAUAAGAUUAUUACAAGAGUUUACUUCUCUACAAAGUACAAUCAACGAUUUUAAAAUAAAGAAAUCGGAACUCAAACUAACUGAUGACCUCAACGGCUGUUUAGCUACUUUCCUUAUUCAUGCUGAUGAUUGCCUCGAGAAUGUUCAAAGCUCUCUCGUGAAGAUAGUGGACUCUCAAGCUGAACUUUUGAUUAAAGCACCAUUGGACAAGUUUGAAAAUUCAGUUAGCUUAUUAGAAACAGUAAAGAAAACUAAAGACGACAAACAAAUCAUUGAAACAGUUGAUAAGUUUGUACAAAUUAUUGAAACCGCCAAAUCUUCUCUGCAAAAUAUACAGAUUGAGAUUGUUGACGAAAUUAAAAGUGCGAGGCCUAGUAAGAUUGAGGAUAGUACACUAUCUGACAUGAUCGAAGAAUUCGCCACAUUUAUCGAAGCAGAAAAACUGAAAAAUGAGGAUAUGGGCACAACAGAAAUGCUUGAAAAGGUAUCAGUAUGUAUCGAAAAACAUAACGAUUUCAAAGAUGCGAGUGGUACAGGAAAAACUUUGAUCUUGUUGAAAUGCCUAUCAGACUGCACAGACAUAUUACAAGAGAGUCUUCUGCAAGUGAAGAUUCCGAAACAAAAGUUAGAAGAAGGACCUCUGAAAGCAGUUUUGACGGAAAUGCUGGAGCCUUUACAAGCACUACACAGUCAACUAACAAAUGUUCAAGAACAAGUCCUAAGAGGUGUGGAUGAAGAUUCAAUAUCUGUUGAUAUCACAACUACAGAAUCUCUUGUACAGACCAUGACAGAGAAACAUAAAGAAAUGAUGGAGAGGAUGGAAACAGAAGAAGUAAUUGCCAAUGAAGAGAUUUCUCUAAUCAUGGAAGUGGAUAAAGAAAUACACUCUAUACAAGAUAGUCUGCGAUCUUUAGAAAACGCUCAAGUCGCACAAGUUGUAAAGGAAAUUGCUAAGCCGGUGGAAGAUAUUGAGAAGUCAAUGCACUCUAUUUUGACUUCGGAAAAAACAACUGCUUACAGUGAAGAACUUCCAAAAGAUGUCAAUUCGAAUAUCGAUUCUUUGGAAAGCGCAAUUGACCGUUUCAUAGGUAUUGAAAUGGAUCUGUUAGUCGCAUCAGGCACUUUUAGCGACGCUGACUUGAAUGAAAGCCUCACAAUAGCGAGCGAACUGCAAGGACUAUUGGCACUAAACCCCGAUGAUUCGGCCUCUUCCAAAAUAUCAGAAUUAAAAACUAAAAAAAUUAAGUCCCUUAAAGCUAUAAUGUCGAAAUUCGAUUGGCAAAGUACAGAAGUGUACAAUGGCAAGAACCCAUUAGAAAUUGAAAACAUGAAGCACGUAUUCCUUGCCGCUUAUCAGCUAUUGGUUGAAUUGGACAAAGUAGAUAAAUUGGAAAAUGUUGAACUUAAAGAAGAAAAAGCUAAGCAAAUUAUUCAGCAUAUUGAUCAAUACAUUGAGUUGAUUGAAAUAGUUGAAGAAAUAUCAGCUAUCAUAAAGAUUGACGAUUUGAAAGAGACUAUUGAUAUUGCGAAAGAAUUACGGGAAAGCAUUGCUGCUUCAGAACUAAUUACAGAAGAAGAGGCAGGUCUUGGUCGGGAGACAGAAAUUCGCAAAGAACAAACCAGACUGGCGCAGAAACUCCAAACAGCAUUGUCUGCUCUGCAAGUUCAAGUCCUUGAACACGUGCAAGAGUUAGCGCCAACGCUUAGUACUGAGGUUUUACAGCGCAUUACCAGAGUAACUGCCCAGUUGAGUGCAGACUUGGUUGCUGUUACAGGAAUUCGAGUUGCACUACAGGCUCCAGCUGAGCCUCUAACUGAAAUCGAACAGGCGACAGUAGAGUCUCAAGCAGUCGUAGCCAUUCCAGAACUAGUUACAGCUACAGAAUCAGAAGAAACUAUUCUAGAGCAAACUGGUGUAGUAGAUCAAUUAUCGUCUUCUGAGCAAUUAUUUGUAACAACAGAAAUGUUGGAAAAAGCUAUCGCUGUAACUAAGGAAACAGUCACAUCGGAAGAUGCUGAAAUUAUAGCCUCAGAAACAACUUUAGAAUCGGCUAGCCCUCAAAUUGAUGAAACACUUGCUGUUGAGGGUACUCAAGCCAUUGUUAUGGAAACAGCUAAAUCUGUAGAUACAGAAGCAGUUAUAAAGGAAGAUGUAAAACUUAGUGUUGUUGAUAAUCAAGCUCAAGAAGUAGCUUCUUCAGAGAUAUUGGAGACGGAAUCUGUUAGUGCUGUUGUGAUAGAAGACCUUGGACCAGUGCUGCACGAAGUUGAAGUGGAUGAGAAGCAUGUUGAUAUUGGAUUAAGCCAAACAGCUGAACUACAAGAGCCACUUAAAGCUACUAUCGAACUGUUAGUUCAACAUAUAGACCAGUUUAUGUGUGAUGAUAUAACAGAAAUAAUAAACGAACUGUCCAACGUCAUCAAUGCUGAAGAAUUGAAGCAAUCUAUUAGUAUUGCCAGAGAAUUGCGUGAGAACAUCGCUGCUUCUGAAGUCGAAUUAAAAGCAGAAACUAGUGAUGUUCUGAAGGAUGAUGUCAGUACAGGAAAUGCACAAUUAGCACAACAAUUGUAUACAGCCUUAGCAGCGCUUGAGAACUUAUCAUUAGACACUUUAGCAGAUGUCCCUUCAAUCAACAAAGAUACUUUACAACGUGUUGCUGCAAUCACUGAAAGUUUACGAACUGAUCUUGCAGCGGUCGUCGCAACACAAACCGUAUUUGAAGAAGCAAAGCUUGAACAAUUGGAAUCUGAUACCAAGCAAAUAGAUACAGAGUUAGAAGUGGCUAAUGAAACUAUUCCAGCUGAUAAAAUGAAGGCCACGACAAUUGCAGUAGGUAUAGUACAAACUUCUGUAUCAGAAGUUAAAGAUGUAAUGACGAUGCAAAAAGCAGAUGAAGAAACUGUGAAAGAAAUGCAAGCCGAGGCUACAUUAAUGGAACAGUUGGAAACUCAUGCUUCUCUUACAUUGGCUGAGAAAGAAACGUUUAAAAUCAGUGCGACAAUUGAUGAAGCAGUAGCCAUUCCUUCAGACACUGAACCUAUUACUUUGGAAGAAGUAACGGAGAGUGAAAUUAAAGCAGUCAGUUUCGAGCAGGCGGUGCAGAAGUCUGAGGAGCCACUCAAAACAGCUACAACAGAAACACUAUUACAAUACAUCAAUGAUUACUUAUCCGACAACAUUAUUGAAACAAUUGAUAUAAUAUCUGCAACACUUAACGUUGAUGACCUUAAACAAUCGAUAGCAUUUGCAAGUGAUUUACGUGUGAGCAUCGAGAUGGCUGAAAAACCUGUAGAGGCACAAUACGAGCAACUUCAACAACUACAAAAUGCUUUAUCUGCAGUCCAGGAACUUACUUUACAAACUGCUGAUGAAGUAAAACAAGUGAUCGGAAACGAUGUUUUACAGCAAUUAGCCGAUACAAGCACACAUUUAUCAACAGAAAUUACAGCUAUUAUAUCUCAAGCAAAUGUACAACUGGCAGAAGAAAGUAAAGCAAAAUCAGACGAGGAUAAUGUUAAAUCGUCCCAGAAAUCAGAUGAAUCUGACACUACAAGUCUGGAAAAAGUUCUUGAACAAUCAGAGAGUAGCGUCGAAGUUAUCACGGACAUUUCACCAGAGAAUGUCACAGCACUUGAAACUGGACCGCUUUCUACAGAAAUUACUACAGAAAUAACAACUUCUAAUGAGACUCUCACAACAAACCAAGAACAGGUCGCCCUUGAAAUAGUAACCCAACAUAUUAGUGAGGAUUCCAAGAAAACUAGUGCUGAACUUGGAGUCGAAAAUUCACUCAAAACAGUUGUUGAAACUGAACAACUGAUAACAGAGAGUACCACUACUGAUAGUACUGUUGUCACUGAUGAUACAAAAGAGCCCGUCAAAGAAUCUCAAGCACUAGAAAUCUCGGAAACUAUCCCCGUCACUGACUCAAUAAUUAGUGAUGAGGCUCAACAAAACAUAGAAUCAGCUGCUGAAUCAGCAAACGUGACUGAAGAAUCUGUACGUAGUGAAGGUGUUGUUUCUGAACAACCAAUAGUGCUCGAAGAAGUGACUCCAAGCGAUGCUAAGCAAGACAGCUCUUUGAAAGUUACGGAAGUAAUAAUGGAGCCUUUGGAUUCUACUGUAACAAUCACUAAGGUUUCCUUAACUGAGCAAGUAGGUGAUAUGAUUUCGGAAAGUCCAAUAGAAGUUGUUGAUGUUAAAGAACAAGACCAAAGUGUACUAAAAGAUAUAACUUCAACUGCUGCAGUUGAAACUGAAGCUCAAAAAGCAGAAAAUAUCGUGCAGAUAGCUCCAGAAAAUAUAGUCACUGAUAUUGUAAUCAGCGAAGAAACAUUGCCGUUGGACGGUGUAACAACAUCGGGAGAGGCUAUAGUAGAAAAAAUCGCAGCAAGCGGGGAUGAAGUUGUUACUGUUGAGGAUAUUAUUUCACUUGAACAAGAUAAGCCACAUUCUCAAACUGCUGAACUAAAAAUAGUUGAUGAAAUAAAUGUUACAAAACUUGGUGAACCUUUGCCAUUAGAGACUGUUGUUCAAUUAGAUACACCAUCCAAUGAAAGUAAAUUUGCUACUGAAACUUUACCGCCAGAGGGUGUAACUACAUCGGAAGAGGCCAUAUUAAAGAAAAUCGCAAUAUGUGGGGAUGAAGUUGUUCCUGUUGAGGAUGUUAUUUCACUUGAACAAGAUAAGCCAGACGCUGAAACUGCUGAACUACAAAUAAUAGAUGAAAUAAAUGUUACAAAACUUGGUGAACCUUCACCAUUAGAGACUGUUGUUCAAUUAGAUACACCAUCUAAAGAAAGUGAACUUGCUACUGAAACUUUACCUUUAGAGGGUGUAACCACAUCGGAAGAGGCCAUAGUAGAGAAAAUCGCAGUAAGUGGGGGUGAAGUUGUAACUGUUGAGGAUGUUAUUUCACUUGAACAAGAUAAGCCAGACGCUCAAACUGCUGAACUACAAAUAGAAGGUGAAAUAAAUGUUACGAAACUUGGUGAUCAAUUACCCUUAGAGUCUGUUGUUCAAUUAGAUACACCAUCUAAAGAAAAAGGGGCUGAUCAAGAAUCCGUAGCAUUAUCUUCACCUGUUGUUGAUACAGAGUCUCAAAAUAUAGAAACUAAUACCCAAAAUGUUAGUAAAGAGGGAUCAAAGAUUGUGUUAGAAGAACAGUCAAUUUUACCUGUAGAUCAAACUGCUACCAAACAACUUCCCGAAGAAGAAAAAGCAGUUGAAGAAUUAUCUAAAAAAUCUAUGUCUCUUAUCGAAGCAGAAUCCAAUAAUGCUGACCAACAGACCAUAACAGAAAGUGAAAACGUUGAUAAAACAGCAACUCAGAAUUUGUUGGGUUCAGAGAAACAGAUCAAUGAUUCUAAAGAUCAGGCACAACUUACCAAAGAACUACUAGAAGAUGAGUUUAAGGACGCAGAAUCGUCCUUAUCUGAUAUUGAUAAAAACCUCCCAAAUGUGCCUGUUGAACAGUUGCCUACAGAACAACCCACCAUAGAAGAAGGAGCGAUCACGGAAACUCCAGAAAAAUCAUUACCGAUUAUUGAAGCAGAGUUCAAAGAUGCAGAAUCGUCUGUAACUGAAAUUGAUAAAAAAGAAACGAAGGACUUGGUCGAUUUAGAGAAGCAAACAAAUAUUUCAGUUGAGCAGGUAGCCAAAGAUCAGCCCGACAUAAAAGAAGGUGUAGUCCAAGAAUCCUUAGAAGUAUCCUCAGUUAUCGAAUCAUAUUCGAAAAAAUUGGAGCAGUCCAUAACUGAAGGUAAAGAAGUUGAUGUAAAAGAAACUGGUGAGAAUUUAUUAGACGCGGAGAAACAGAUGAAUGCUUCUACUGUACAUGAAGUAACCGUAGAUAACGCUGAUACACUAAUUAUUAUGGAAGCCAAAUCUACGCCUUUAGAGCAAACAACAACUGAAGCAAAAGUAGAUGUAGUUGAAAACGCCAUAGUUAAUAUCGAGACUGAAAAUACCCAGGCUAAAGCAGUGCAAUUAGAACCUGAAAAAGACAGUGCUAUAGCAGAAAGCUUUGAAGAGACUUGUAAACAAGCGACCGAGAAUGAAGCCGUUACAACAGCGGGUAGUGAAGUUGCUGAUUUAAGUCCAGCUGAUCUAGCUUCAGCUGCAACAGCAGUGACUGAUGUAGAAGAAUCUUUAGUGCAAGAAAAGGUUACAACUUCAGAAUUGACCAAUCAACCAGCUGAUCAGGGAACAGAAAGUGUUAGUACAAUACCGACGGACGUAUCAGAUUCAGGAAAUGAACAGGCCGUAGUUGAGAAAACUAUCCAAGCAGAAAAAACAAUCGUUAAUGAAGUGGUGGAAAAAUCACUCGAAUGUAUCGGUAAAACUCCAGAAGUUAUGGAGGCAACCCCAGUUCUUCCAUCUUCCGGUGAAACAAUUACAUCUGAUGGAGCUAUAGCAACGGAAACAGAACCAGUAGCUGAUAGCAAAGCAACUAAUAUUCUUGAAGACAGUAAAAAGAGUGCAAGUGUUACUGUUACUACAACUAUGACUGAUGAGAUAACUUCAACAAAGGCUACAGAAGAAUCUUCUCAACCAACGGAUGCCAUUAAGAUUGGCAUUGAAACACUUUUGAACACACUUGAUGAAUAUCUAUCUAACGAUAUUAUUGACACAGUCGGUAAGUUGUCUGUGACAUCAGAAAAUACAGAAAUUGCAAAAUCAAUCCUAGUCGCUCAACAACUGCGUGAUAGUAUACUCCAAGACAUUGUAUCCAAAAAUACUGAAAUUAAAAUAAAUAACGAUCAAUUUGCGUUAGUUCAAGACUUGAAUAGCGCUUUAUUAGCCUUGCAACUAGUAGCUCUUGAAAGUAUAGAACAAAUAGACGGAACAACCAACAAAGAAAGGUUGAUAAAGGUUCUUAAUAUUAGUGAAUCAUUUGCUAGCGUACUUGAUGUUUUAAUAUCAGAACGUUCGAAAGCGUCUGUGGAUAAUGAAAACGUUGAUAAGUCAAAUUCCAAGGUUUUGGAGAAAAUAGAACCUGAGCCUGAAAUUAGAACGGAAACUUCAAUAAUUGUUGCUGAUAGUAAUGAAUCUCUAACUGCUGAAACUUCACUUGCUAAAGAGAAAAUCUUGACAGAUUCGAACCCACCAUCAAAUACUCUUGAUACUGAUGAAGAAAAUAAAAAGGACAGUAACGAAAGUGAAGAAACAGUCUUUAAUAAAGAUGAAGCAACUACAGAGAUUGCCAAAACACAUGAACUCGAAAUCAAUGCGAAUGAAAAGGUUACCAUAAACCAAGAUAAUAAUAGUAACGAAACUAAAUUACAAACAGCCAAAGCUAAUGUUGAAGAAACGGGGCUAGAAUCAAAACCAACAACUCAUAGUGAAGUAAUUGAAUCUUUGCUUAUAGAAACCGCUAAAACUAUAAUAAUACCAGUAGUGGGGGAAGAGUUUGAUAUUCAAGAAUUAGCUGCCAACGUAGGAGUUUCUGAAAAACAUGAAGACAAUGAAUCAAGUGUGGAUAUUAACGUAACAAAAUUACAAGAUAAAGGUAAUAAGUCUAUAGACGAACUAAAGAAAUCAGGCGAUGAAUCGCUUUUGAAAGAAAGUACAACACCACCUGAUUUGGAAAUUGCUGUUUGUGAUCCAAAAGAACAACAUUCUGAACUAGAAAUACAGAAUGACUUAUAUGAAGAGUCAGUAGAUAAUCUCAUUGAUACUGAUGGCUUAGUUACGACAGAAUUGGAAAAUUCUCCUGUAAUUGCGACAGAAACAAUCCCUAGUCAUGAAUCAGAUGGUACUCGGGACGAUAAAAGCGAGACAGUUACAGUUUACGAUUAUUCAAAAACUGUUCAAGGACAGGACGACACACACUUUGAAACAUUCGAAGAUACACCGUCAUUGAUUGAUUGUUUGAUCGAUGACAUUAAGACAAGACAUGGACAAACACCUUUUGAAGUAGGCGGGUCAAAUGAAAAAUCAAUCUAUCAAUCGAUUAAAUUACCUUCAGUCCAAGAACUCAUUGAUGCAGACAUCAAUGAGGAACCAGUUCAUUUAGCAGAACCCAUAAUAUUACAUAGUCAAGUAGAAACAGAAUAUUCUACAGUACAAGAUAAUGUAGAUAACAAAGACUCCGUAGUUUGUGAAACUUUUAAGCCUUUAACCAUGGAAACUUUAAGUUCCAUUGAGGAACAAGCACUCGAAGUUAGUGUAGCAGAACAAGAUACUUCUGGCAAGUUUGUGCCUCAUCAGGAAAUUCAACCAAUCGUUUUAGAAAGUUGUCUUGAAGAAACCGCUGAACACAUAGCUGAGAUAAAAGAAGUCGAUUCUCAUGAACUUGCGGGUGAAUCAUCUCAACCUAUAGUAUUUGAAACUGUUGCAGACUUGAAAAACGAUGAGCUAUUUACUCCAGUUUUACAAGAACUAAAAAAGGAUGAAAACAAGUCCGAGCAAGCUCAAGACAAAUCUUUGAAUAAUGAAAAAGAUACUUUUGAUACAGAAAUCGUGGUAUCUGAAAGGAAUCCACCCAUUAUUUCAGAAGUAGAGCCUACUAUCGAUGUGGAUAACAGUUCCAUAUUUGAGUUUACCAAAGAUGCAAUAUCCAUCGGCGAAACAUCCGAAUCCAUUGUUUUAGAUUCUGUAACGGAUAUUGAAGAGAACCAGCAAGCCUUUUCAAUGAAAUCUGAUGAGCAGUUAACUGAUCAAACUCUGCAAGUUUACAAAAGCUUGCCACCUAUGCUGUUGGAGUCUACAACACCAAUUGAAAAUAAAAGUCACGAAUUCGCGUAUCCUAGUGUUGAAAUAAGUUCAGUACCAGAAAUGAGUGUUACUGAAACAGGUGAAGUUAUUUUAUCAGAAUCAUUGAUGAGUGAUCACAUUGAUACAACUACAGCAUCAUCGACAGAACAAUAUAAAGAUGCAAAUAAAUCGUUGAUUGAAAAUGGUCAAUCUGUAAUGCUUAUUGACUCAAUUGACACAAAAAAUGUUACUGAAGAGAUUUCAAAAAUUGAUUCAUAUCAUGAAAUUAAAACUGAUAUACCCAUGAUUUUAGAAGGUUUAAUGCCAAUGCAGGAUAUUCAACCAGUUAGUGCUACUGUUCAGAAAUCAAAUGAUGAUAAAAUUGAGAAUGUGGUUCCAACUCAAAUCGAAGAAGUUUUACUUGAGCAUUUAGAGGAGAAUGAGAAAAUUGCUGUCAAGACCUUGGAAGACAAAUUAGGAGUUAUUGCUGUACAACAGAAUACUUUACAAGUUAUAGAACAAGCACUUCCCAUCGAAGAAAUGGAAACAGUGAACUCGAAUGUUACCUACCAAGCACCGGAGGAAACUAAUUGUAAAUCGAUGUUGAGUGAGAAUUUAUGUCCAUUAAUUCUGGAAUCUUUGUCAUCUAUCGAAGAAAAGAAAUGCGAAUCGGUUGCUGCCCAGUUUACUGAAAAUAAAGAAAACGAAUCCAUGUAUUUAGAAAAUGUUAACAGUGAAAAAACCGAAUCUAUUACACCAAACAUUUGUUUCGAUGAAAAAAUGUUAGCAAGUGAGAAUAUACAACCUCUAGUUUUAGAAAACCUAGAACCCUUAAUUAAAAAUGAACAGAAUGCAAUCGGCUCAGAACUUGAAAGUAACACCUUUGGAACCGAAAUGUUUGCUCCAAGCUAUGAAACUGAAUUACUGGUGCUUGAACAAAUUGAAGACAUUAUAAAAGAUGCAGUAAAGACGAUUGAAAAUGACAUAAAUGCUAGUAACAUUCAGGAGGAUUCAGAGAAAGCUCUUACAAACAUAGAAGUCACAAGUGAAAAUAUUGUUUUCGACAAAUUGUGCGAUGAUGAUAACAAUCUGGAGGCACGAACUUAUGACGUUUCAGAAUCUUUAGAAACUGAGCGCAUUGAAGCAGAUCAUUCCAUCCAAAUUUUUGAGCCAUUAAUUUUAGAAGAAGUGACUCCAUCGGAAAUGAAAGAAAACCAUGAAACACAGAUAACUACUGUGAUAGAGUCUCAGGGUUUAAUAGAUAUCAGUGAACAUGUGCACGAUAUUGUAAAACCCUCGACUGUGGAAAAUGCUUUGUCAGACACCCCAAGUCUGAACACUGAUGGUACUUAUAAUGAUCGUAUGUCUACAGAAAAUCUAGAGUCCACAGUAAAUAAUGCUUCAACGAAAGACAUUGAAAUUGUUAAAAAAGAUGAUGCCUGGUCGCAUAGUUUAGUAAAAGGAACCGAACAAGGGGCACUCAUUAAUCACAUCGAUGAGUUUAUAUCGGAAGAGGUGUCCGAAGUGGUAGGUGAAAUUUCUGCGCUAACUAACUCAGAAGAGCUUAAAGAAACUAUUGAACUAGCUAAAGGUCUGAAAGAAAGUUUAGAGUUCGUGAUCGGCGAAGAAACUGUUUCAUUGCGUAAUGUAAACAAGGAAACAAAACAAAUUGAACAAGUAAAAUUAGCGGAACAGUUACAAGACGCAUUAUCAGUAUUACUUGAUAAAACAUUGGAGAAUGCUGAGGAUAUUGCGCCCAAAGUUGAUCCAAACGCUCUUCAAAAAGUUUCAGAAAUCAUUACGCAUUUACAGGAAGAUUUGGAGAAAGCUAUAGUAUUUGGUAUGCCUGAUAUUCUGAAUGCAGCAGAAAUAGUUGAAAUCGCUGAAGAAGAAGGAAAUUCAAUGAAACAACUGGAAGUGUUACUUCAAGAAGUAACAGAUAAAACAAAUAUUGCAACAGUUAGAGACGUUGAAGAAACCGAAGCUUUAAAAGAUGUUCUUGAUGAGGUGCAGACCGUGAUUAUUAAACUCAAGCGGGAUUACGACGGAGCAGCAAAUGACACACUCAAUGAAACUCUUGAAGAUUUAGAGUGCAGCGUGCGGAGUGUGCAGCUCCAGAUUAACGAGGACAGUCCACCUGAAUUGCUCCAGGAAGCCUGUGCUACAUUACAACUGCUAGUCAACAACAUGACUGAAACUCAAGAUGUUAGUACUCAGGUAGCUGAAACAGUGACCGUAGAAGUCAAAACCGAAAAUAUACUCGAAAAGUGUUCCACCGAUACUGAUGAAACAGUUAAACUGUUAGAAGAGGCUUCCAAUGCCAAUAGCAAGGAUGAAAAACUUUCGGGUAUUGUGUCCAGUUUGAACAUUCUUAAAGACACAAUCAAAACACUUAAACUCAGUUUUGUUGGCAACGCUGACGUUUUAAUAGAAAAAGGCGUUGAUGUUGUGCAAAGUUUAGAUCAAUUAGAAGAGAAAGUUUUCACUCUUGAAAAAGAUUUGGCUGAAGUUAAACUUAGUACUGAAAUAAGAGAUCACAUUCUUACAGCUAUUCAUUCUGUUUAUGGCAGUAUAUCGAAUAUGCGAGGAACAAUUUCCAGUAUACAAAAAAGAUAUAUGUUCGAAAACUACGGCAAACCUUCUGAAACUAUACUGCGUUCCAUUAAAAACGUGUCAGGAAUUUUAGAAAUUGAUGAUUCUAACAAACAAGGCUGGAAAGCAUAUUCCAAGUCGCUGCGAAAAGUUUUAAAUCACUUUGAAGAUAUCAAGUUUUAUAUUAAUUUAGAUAAAACUGCUCGAUUGCCAAGUGAUGCUGCAUUCACAAAGAUUAUACUCGAAGAGUUAAAAUCAAAUGUUUGUGAAACUCUUGUCCCACAAGCUUCUUUAUUAGGCCCAGAAACAACAACACGGGUAAAUAACCUAUUAGAAUGUCUAAACAAAUAUCUUACUGACAUGGAAACUAAGUCAACUGUAGAGGUAAAGGAGAAAAUUCCAGUAUUCCUAGAAAUUUCAUCGAAAAUUUACGAUGUUGUGGAUUUAAUAAAACAGAAAGUGAUUGAAAAAUCGAAGGAAAUGAAAUCAGAAGUGGCAGAAAAAGAGCCAAGUGAUGAACAAGCAAAAGUUUCUAAGGAAAUAUCUAGUGAAACUGCUGAUGUGGUGCAACCAGAGGAUGAUGUUCAUGAGUCUGCUCAUGAACCAGAAAAAAUUGGAAAAGAAGGAGAAGAUUCCACCUCCGAUACACCAACUAUAAGUAAAACCGAAGAAAAACCUGUUGAAAAGAAACAAAAGGCUCGCAAGAAAGUACUUAUACAAGAACCAGACAUAAAAUCUGAAGUGGAACAAGUUGCUUCUGAAUUCGUAGAAGAAAUCACAUCAUUAGCUGUAGCUGCUGUACAAAACUUAAUACAAUUUGCUGGUUUACAGAAAGACGAAUUGAUAGAAGAGGAUACGUCUCAUUCCAUUGAAGAGGAAGCAGAACAACAAGAGGCUAAAUUAAUUGAAAAUGAUGAAACUGUUGAACAAGAAUUGAAGGGUGAAGAACCUGAACAGAAACUAGAAGACGAAGUUCAGGAUAAUCCAGCCCAAGAAGAUGAACAAGUGGCUACAACAUCAGUUGAACAAAACGAAACCGAAAAGAAGGGUCAAGAAUCUGCCGCACAAGAAGUUGUAAUACCAAAGGAAGAUGAACUCACAGCUGAAACUGAGGUUCAAGGAGAAGUGCAUCCAGAAAAAAGCGUUGAAAAGUUAGAAAAAAGAGAAGAAGCGGAACUCACACAGACAUUAACUGUGGAGGAAACAAAAGAAUUGGAGGAGGCAACUAGUUCAGAAUUGAAAAAAGAAGCUGAUAAGAAAGAAAUAUCUGAAGAGAAAGCAGAGCAAGAUAAGGCACAGAAAGAGCCCACGCAAGAACUAGACGAAAGUGCUUCUCAACAGAAAAUGGAGGAAAAGGAUAACAAAGAAAAACCUGGAAGUGGACUAGGCGCCAAAGGUCCUGCGAUGCAAUCAUUACAAGAGCCAAAACAAGACCAACAAGAUGUUGAAGAAGAAAGAAAAGAUUCUGAGGAAGGAGAAAUAAGCGAUGACGCUCAAAAGGCAGCAGAAGAAAAACAACCAGCCGAGCACGAUCUUCAAAAAGAUGACGCUCAAAAUGUAAGUGCAAAAGAAGAAAUUGUUUCUGACAAAGAGGCAGUUGAAAGUGUAAAAGUUCAGUCAGAGACGGAGGGAACCGAUCAAGGAGCUGAACAAAGUCUGGAAAAAGAACCUGAAAAAGAUCAGGAGUCACAGGAUAUUAAAGAACUCAAAACAGAACCACAAGAAGUUCUUGAAAAACCAGACAAGGAUCAAGCUACACAAGAACAACCACUUGUUCAAGAAGAAGACACAAAGCUUGAGCAAGACGACAAGGCCAGUAAGGAUGAUAAGGGUGCCAAGCAUGAAUCCGAAGGAAGUAUCAAUCAACAAUUACAAGAAGAAAAGAAACGUGAUAGCAGUCUCGAUGAACAGCUUAUACAGAAACAAGAAGAGGUCGAGGCACAUGACAAUGUUAAAGAGAGCCAACCUGAAGGGAAGGAUAGCAGCUCUCACAAAGAAUCCACAGGUAGAGAAGAACCUUCUGAAGAGCUGGACACUGAAAAAACAACGUCGGAAGAAAAGACUGAUGUAUCAAAACAAAUUGAUAUCGAAGUUAAACAAGAUGCCGGUGAAUCUGAGAAAAAGUCUGAAAUAACUGAUACAAGACAGGAAGAUGAAGUUUCAGCCCCAAAGACAGAAGUAGAACAGGCUGACACAGAUGUGAAAAAACAAGAACAAGUAGAGCAAGAACCUCAAAAAGUAGAACAAGUGGAAAAAGAUGGAGAUUUCGAUGAGAAAGAGAAAAAACAAAAGGAAAAAGUAACAAAAGAGAACGAAACACAUUUAGAUGAAGAGGAAACACAAAAACGUCAGGAUGAGGAACUUGAAAAAGUUAAAACAGAUAUGAAAACUUUAGAUGAAGAUAAAUCUGAAAGUACAAAAGAAGAGAUUGUUAAGCAAGACAAAGAAGAGGCUGAAAAGAAGAAACUAUCGAAAAAGGAAACAGCAGAAAAACGACAAGAACAAAAGGAUGAAACUGAGAGAAACAAAAAAGCGCUUGACGAAGAAGAUGUAAGUCAACAAUCCGACGUCAAAGAACUGCAACAAGAGGAUGCUACAGCGGAACAGGUUAAGAAAGAUCCCAGUGAGGCUGAAAAAGAAAAAGAAGAACGUGUAGAAGGAAAACUUGCUAAGGAACAAGAAAAAGCGGAUAUACAUAGUAACCAACAGGCUGAGACAGAAAAGCUUGAGAAAGAACGUCUUGAGGCUGAAAAACUUGAAAAGGGUAAAGAUGAAGCUGUAAAGCUUGCUGAGACUGAAAAACUUGAGAAGGAGCAACUUGAGGCUGAAAAAUUAGCUCUGGAACAGUCUGGGGCUACAGAGGUUGAAAAAGAUCGAUCAGAGUCUGAAGGGCUGCAACAAGCGGAGUCUGAAGAAAUUAAGGAAGAGCCAGUUAAAACUGAACAACUAGUUCAGCAAGAAAACCUCACUAAGGAAAAAGAAGAGGAUGGACAACUUACUAAAAAACAGGAGGAAACUGAAAAUCUUGGAAAAGUUACUCCUGAAGAUAAAGUACUUACUCAGGAUCAAAUCGAGUCUGAUAAAAAACAACAAGAUGACGAUAAACUCGCUGAGGAACCGACCGAGGCUGAUAAACGUUCUAAAGCAGAGGCUGAAGCUGUAAAACUUGAAAAAGAACGGGUUGAGGCUGAAAAGAUUGCCAAGAAACAAGAAAACGAGCAGAUUGAAGCUGAAAAACUCGCUAAAGAACAAGCUGAAGCUGAAAGAGUUGAGAAGGAACGAUUAGAAGCUGAAAAGCUCGAGAAAGAACGACUUGAAGCUGAACAGCAAGAAAAAGAACGAGUUAAAUCUGAAAAACUCGCUAAACAAGAAGCUGAACGAGUUGAGAAGGAAAAACUUGAAGUUGAAAGGCUCGAGAAAGAGAGGCUUGACUCUGAAAACCAAGAGAAAGAGCGCCUAGAAGCUGAAAAGUUAAAGAAGGAGCGAGUUGAGGCUGAGGAGCGAGAGAAGGCGCGCCUAGAAGCUGAAAAGCUAGAGCAGGACCGCCUAGAAGCUGAAAAACAAGAAAAGGAGCGCAUUAAAGCUGAAAAACUUGCAAAGAAACAAGCAAAGGUUGAAAAACUCGCUAAGGAACAAGCUGAAGCUGAAAGACUUGAGAAAGAACGAUUAGAAGCUGAAAAACUCGAGAAAGAACGACUUGAGGCUGAAGAGCAAGAAAAGGAACGAGAUAGAUCUGAAAAACUCGCUAAAGAAGAAUCUGAACGAGUUGAGAAAGAACGACUUGAGGCUAAAGAGCAAGAAAAGGAGCGAGUUAAAGCUGAAAAAGUCGCUAAAGAAGAAGCUGAACGAGUUGAGAAGGAAAAACUUGAAGUUGAAAGGCUCGAGAAGGAGAGGCUUAAAGCUGAAAACCGAGAGAAAGAGCGAGAUGAGGCUGAGGAGCGAGAGAAGGCGCGCCUGGAAGCUGAAAAGCUAGAGCAGGACCGCCUAGAAGCUGAAAAGUUAGAGAAGGAGCGAGUUGAGGCUGAGCAGCAAGAGAAGGCGCGUCUGGAAGCUGAAAAGCUAGAGAAGGAGCAACUAGAGGCUGAAAAGCAAGAAAAGGAGAGAGUGAAAGCUGAAAAGCUCGCUAAGAAAAAAGCAAAGGCUGACAAACUCGCUAAGGAACAAGCUGAAGCUGAACGGCUUGAAAAGGAACGUCUAGAGGCUGAACAGGUGGAGAAAGAGCGCCUAGAAGCUGAUAAGUUAGAGAAGGAACGGCUUAAAUCUGAAAAGCUCGCAAAAGAAAGACUCGAAGCUGAAAAGUUAGAGAAGGAACGCCUUGAAGCUGAAAAGCUUGAGAAGGAGAGAAUUGAAGCUGAAAAGAUCGAGAAGGAGAGACUCGAGGCUGAAAAGCUCGCGAAGGAAAGACUUGAGGUCGAAAAGUUAGAGAAGGAACGGCUUGAAGCUGAAAAGCUUGAGAAGGAGAGAGUUGAAGCUGAAAAGAUCGAGAAGGAGAGACUUGAAGCUGAAAAGAUCGAGAAGGAGAGACUUGAAGCUGAAAAGAUCGAGAAGGAAAGACUUGAAGCUGAAAAGAUCGAGAAGGAAAGACUUGAAGCUGAAAAGCAAGAAAAAGAGAGAGUUGAAGCGGAAAAAAUUGAGAAGGAUAAACUAGAAGCUGAAAAGCUCGAGAAGGAGAGAGUUGAAGCUGAAAAGUUAGAGAAAGAGCGACUUGAGGUUGAAAAGCUGGAUAAGGAGCGGAUGAAAGCUGAAAAGCUAGCUAAGAAACAAGCAAAGGCUGAAAAACUCGCUAAGGAACAAGCAGAAGCUGAACAGCUUGAAAAGGAGAGACUUGAAGCUGAAAAGAUCGAGAACGAGAAACUUGAAGCUGAAAAACGAGAGCAAGAGCGCCUGGAAGCAGAAAAGCUAGAAAAAGAACGCCUAGAGGCUGAAAAACUAGAGAAGGAGCGCGUUGAGGAAGAACAGCGGGAGAAGGAACGCCUAGAAGUUGAAAAGGCAGAGAAGGAGCGCUUGGAAGCUGAAAAGCAAGAAAAGGAGAGAGUUAAAGCUGAAAAACUCGCAAAGAAACAAGCAAAGGCUGAAAAAUUAGCGAAGGAACAAGCUGCAGCUGAACGGCUUGAAAAGGAACGAUUAGACGCUGAAAAGCUCGAGAAGGAACGCUUAGAAGCCGAGAAGGUACAGAAGGAGCGCCUAGAAGCUGAAAAUCUAGAGAAGCAGCGCCUUGAAGCUGAAAAGCAAGAAAAGGAACGAGUUAAAGCUGAAAAACUCGCUAAAGAACAAGCUGAAGUUGAACGGCUCGAGAAGGAACGACUAGAGGCUGAAAAACUUGAGAAGGAUAAACUAAAAGCCGAAAAGGAAGAGAAGGAGCGAGUUGAGGCUGAAGAACAAGAGCAGGACCGCGUAGAAGCUGAAAAGCUCGAGAAAGAGAGACUCGAAGCUGAAAAACUUGAGAAACAGCGACUCGAGAUUGAAAAGCAAGAACAAGAGCGCGUGAAAGCUGAAAAGCUUGCCAAGAAGCAAGCAAAGGCUGACAAACUCGCUAAGGGGCAAGCUGAAGUUGAAAGGCUCGAGAAACAGAAGCUUGAGGCUGAAAAGUUAGAGAAAGAGCGACUUGAAGCUGAAAAACUUGAGAAAAAGCGACUUGAAGCUGAAAAACUCGAGAAAGAGCGACUUGAAGCUGAAAAACUUGAGGAUCAACAAGCUGAGGCUAAGAAACUCAAGAAACAGCAAGUAGAGGCUGAAGAACUUGAGAAAGGCGGGGCCGAAAAGAAAAGGCCUUCUAAGAAAAAGAAAAAAGACUCCGAACCCAAUUUGGAAGUGAACAAGACAGAAAAAGAUGAUGCAGUAAAGAUACAAGCCACUAACGGUGAAAAGUUUGAACAUAAUGAAACCGAAAAACUUCAGGAAGAUGUCGCAAAAACUAAGGAUGCUGAAAAAGAAAGCUCAGAGACUGAAAAGAAAAAGAAAGAGGGACUUGUAAAGGCAAAGGUGUCAAAAAGCAAAAAGGAUGAAGACGAGAAAAAUGGAGCAAAAACGAAAACUGACAAGCCCAAAAGGCUAAGUGCAGGUGAAGAACAACUACCUAAAGUAGAAGAAGGAAAAUCUAAACUGGAUCAUACCACAGAUAAUAAAGAAAAAGCCAAAGUGGAAAAACGUGAAAAAGAGGCCAAAGAAAAAGAACUAGAGAGCAAAAAAGAAAAAGAACGUCAAGAAGAAGAAAAGCUGAAAAAGGAAAAGGAUACUGAGAAAAGAGAGGAGAAGGUGAAACUUGCCGAAAAGAAACGAAAACAAGAAGAAAAAUUAAAACUAGAGCAAGAAGAAAAGGCAUUAAAAGAAAAAGAAGCGGCUGAGAAAAAGAAAAAGGAUGAAGAAAAAUUAAAAGAGAAAGAAAGAUUAGAAGCCAUAGAACGAGAAAAUAAAACUAAACAAGAAGAAGAAGAAAAACAAGAGAGGGAAAAGAAAAGAAUAGCAAGACUUGAAAAAGAAAAACAAGAAGAAAAAGUACGAGAAGAAGAAGAAAAAGCUCGACUUGAAAAGAAAAGGAUUGCCAAAAAGAAAAGAGAGGAAGAGGAAGAACGCAUGAAACUAGAAUCAGAGGCAUUAGAAAAGGCUCGUAAAGACGCAGCUAAGAAGAGGAAGGAAGAAGAAAAAGCUAGAUUCCUAAAAGAACAGGAAGAAAUCGAUAAACGUGAACAGGAGCUUAGAGAAAAUGAACGAAGAAUAAGACAAGAAAAACGACGUCAAAUUGAAGAACAGUUAUUUGAUGACAUUCAAAAGCCGUCAUCAACUUCUGAGGUACAAGUCUCCAAGCCCAGACGAACAACGAAUGGCGACGUGACUACCGCAACUGAUGUAGACGACCAUUACAUAAAAGAGUACCACUACGAACCAACCAGACAAAGUUCUGUCGAACGAACCAAAUUCGUGGACCACAACCACAGAGAUUACACCAUGGAAUUCUCACGACCACCCGGUUACAGAGAGAGAACUUUUGAACACGAAAAAUUCUCAGAAAGAGAGUCACUUGGCAGGAGUGGGACUAUCUACAAAGCUAAAACUUUGGUAUUAGACUCGCAGCUAAGAUCUUCAGCGCCACCGCAACCUGUCAGUAGCGACGAAAGGAGGACUGAAAGGUACGACAGGACGGAGUCUGACAAAAGGGUUGAGAGACAUAGGUCUAAAGCUUUAAGCGAAGCACGAAGCUUAGUUUCGGAAAAGCGCUCCGGGCUGUCUAGAGACCUGAAAAGAAAACCUGUAUUUUCUACUUACCUUACCGACAGAACUGCCGUUGAGGGCUCAAGGGUCAAGCUAACAUGUAGUGUCUUAUCGUCAUCUGAUCCUAAAAUUACUUGGUACAAAAAUGGCGUGCUUCUAGAUGACAAAUUGAAGUAUAGGACGAAGUUUAUCGAUGGGCUUAUUACACUUGAAGUUUUGAAUGCCGUUGUGAGUGAUUCAGCUGAAUACACGUGCACGGUUGAGAAUGAAAAUGGGUCUGUGAACACUGUUGCCAACCUAAAAGUGUACCCGAGCUUCGAAGCUUCUCCCAUCCCACCGACCUUCACUAGAUCUAUUCGCGAUACAUACCACUUGGCCGAAAACGAGCUGAUCCUAGAAUGCCGAAUCCGCGGCCAGCCGCUUCCUACGAUCACCUGGCUUAAAGACGACAAAGCCAUCACCACUAACGAGAGGUAUCAAGCCUACUACCUCGCUGAUGGCGUCUGCAGGCUGUCGAUCAGCUCGCCGACUCCAGAAGACAGCGGGAAGUACACGUGCAAAGCCGAGAACUCCGUGUGGACGGAUCAGAUCACACAUAUUGUUAGCUUUACUGGUAAAGAAAAUCGCCUCAGUCCAAACUUGGCCACGCGAGAAAGAUCUCACUUCAACCGCCAAGCUUUGGAAUCACGAAGACCUCACUUCACUAACGUUCUAUCAGACUACAAGGUCGUCAAAGGGGGCACUAUAGGCCUGCAGGUGGAAAUCCGAGGCUGCCCUACCAGGGUAGAAUGGCUCCGAGAAGGUCGCUCCGUCACUGAAGUCUAUAGGAACGCAAGAACGUUUGUAGAACAGGGUCUUUAUACUCUCGCCCUUUCGGAUGUCACUGAAAAGGAAUCUGGUCUAUACACAUGCAGAGCGUGGAGUACUCAUGGUAACGUUGAUAUGAAUGCUGCGAUCACCGUGGUACCUCCCACAGAACACGAAGGCAAGCCAGCUAUCAUAGCGGGCAGGCCUGAUAAGGAUAUUCUGAUAUCUGUUGGCGAAGAUGUCAAUAUUUCAUUCAGGGUUCAAGGCGAGCCUAAGCCUAAGGUGGUAUUCAUGAAAGGCAUUCGGGACAUCACGACCAGCCAGCGAGUCUGCAAGAUGACGUCCGAUGAUUACGUCAAGUUCACGUUGAAGAGAUCCGUGGUAUCUGACGCCGGUACUUAUUGCAUUCUUGCGAGGAACGCGUAUGGAUGCGACCGUGCGUUCGUCACUGUUGUGGUAAGACAGCGAGCUUCGUCCGAAAACUUAAUAUCAGACUGGACUUAUCCUUUGGAUGAUUCGGCUUUGUCCAUAUCUGAAAGGAAGUACAAAUCCGUGCCGGACCGCAUCCCGGGUGAGCCGAGCGUCGUGGACGGAGGCAACAACUGGGUCUCUCUCGCCUGGCCGAAAGCCGACCCCCGCGACACCGCCCCAGUGCUCGCCUACAAGAUAGAAAGCUGGCUUCUCGGCAAAGAAGGUGGAGCUCGCUGGGUUGAACUCGGCAUAACCCCCUUAAACUCGUUCGACGCUUUCAACCUAAAACAAGGCGAAGAAUACCACUUCCGAGUGACUCCUAGAAACAGAUACGGUUGGGGAGAAUCGGUGCAAACAUCAACACCAUUUGGCGUUGGUCUAGCUGGAGACCGACCGGAGUUUGUGGAGAUCUUGCCAGGACAACUGAAGGUGUUAGCGGGCGAGACGGCGAACUUAAGCUGCAGUGUGAAGGGCAAGCCGGUGCCUGAAAUAGUUUGGAUGAAGAAUGGGCACGAGAUUGAGGAAGAGAGCCGGAUGACGACUCUGUACAACGGUCAAGACUGUUCGUUGACGAUCAAGGGCAUUUGUAUUGAAGAUGAGGCGAGAUACAGCUGCGAGGCGUCCAAUGUCCACGGCAGAGCGUCGACGUAUGCGAGACUGGCCGUCGUUACAGACAGACUCAUAUGGGAAGCUGAUGCUAAGCUUAAGAGAGAGCGUUCUCAAGAUGCAGAAGGUGACUACCCUCCCCAGUUUACGAUGCGCCUCCGAGACCGUCGCGUGCAGGCCACGUACCCUGUGCGACUGACGUGCCAGGUCGUCGGCAACCCGCCGCCGACCCUCAACUGGUUUAAGGAUGGAGAGCAUUUGGUGCUUGACAGUCGGCGCAGCGUCUACCAGGACGAACACUUCCAUACGCUUGAAAUAGCCCCCACGACUCUAGAAGAUGGAGGGGUGUAUGAGGCCAUGGCCAGGAACAGCAGUGGAGCCGUCAGCUGCCGAUGCAGCCUGGUGGUAGACAAGGGCAUUAGGGCAUACGUGGCUCCCGAGUUCUGCUGUGGGCUUGAGCCUCUCUACAGAUUGCGUGAAGGUGACGAGCUCCGAAUAUCAGCCGUGGUAGAAGCCUACCCGUCCGUUGGCGUGACUUGGUACCGCGAUGGCGUCAGGCUCCGUCCAAGCCGCCGCGCCAUCAUGACACUAGACCGUGACGGACAGAUAGAACUGGCUCUCGCAUUCGUCACGUGCAGAGAUGCAGGAGUGUACACCUGUACCGCUUCUAAUGAGGUGGGGAGAGCCUCAACUUCGGGGAAGGUGGAAGUAGUGGCUGGGGCACAGCCUCGAGAGAAGAGGACGCCGCCAGUCGUGAUUAAUGCACCUGAUGAACGGUACUCAAAAGAACCGAUGUUCGUCCGAAAGCCGCGCUCCAGCGAAGCCAGGGAGGGUGACACUGUCAUCAUAGCAUGCGAAGUGAUUGGGGAUCCCAAACCUGAUGUGUACUGGCUACGCGACUUCUUAAAGCCGGACUACUACCGCGACGCAACACAUUUCAAGCGCGUUGGAGACGGACCUGAGUAUCGAUUCGAGAUUCCCCACGCUAAGCUCGAUUACACUGGAGCUUACUCCGUAGUCGCCAGGAAUGUGCACGGAGAGGCUAAGGCGAUUAUAUCCUUGCAGAUUAAGGCUAAAGAUCCAUCAUCAACAGAUGAUACACAUAACGUCAGAUACGGGCGAGUGGAAGUGAUCCCCCGUUUCGAGAGGGAGCUGACAGAUUUGCUGUCAUACGACGGAGAUGCGGUGGAGUUCGAGUGUCACGUCACUGGCAACCCCGAGCCUGAUAUCAGGUGGUUCCACUAUAAUGAGUUAAUUCGAGACUGCGAUGACUUCGAGUCGACGUUCGAAGAGGGCGCCGCUCGGCUCAAGAUCAAACAAGUGACGGCGGAGGACGAAGGAACUUACUCUUGCGAGGCUUCUAACAAUCUUGGCAAGGCAACCUCUAGUGCCUGCCUCGUUGUUUACCCUCCUGGUGAGCCGAACACCCUGAGUCAGCGUCUGCGCAGACCGCCAGCGUUGCUCUCAGCAGCCUCCACGCCUCGGUCCACGCCGCGGAGUACUCCUGCCAGAUCCGUCUCCAGAACUCCUGGUCCUGACACCCGCCGUCUCUGCAGCCCCACCAGACAAAUGGCCCCCUCCUUCUACACAUAUCCCUUCAAUAAGGUCGUGGAAGAGGGUGAAAAUGUUACCUUCAAAUGCGCAGUCAAAGGCCAGCCCGCACCCUGGGCUACCUGGGACAAAGACGGGAUAAUCAUCACACCUUCUGCAAGAUUCACCAUCAAGGAAAAAGACGAACUAUUAAGAAUUCUAGAAAUUGAACAAGUUACGAUAGAAGAUGUUGGAGUAUAUAGGAUUACUAUUGAAAAUGAAUUCGGAAGGGCUGAAGCGUCGGCAAGACUUGAGGUUAUAACGCAGAAAGGAAAGUUUUACGCUGGUGUUAGAGCUUACAGUGCGUCUCCAAGAAAAUCGCUGACUUACAGGAGGUACCCGUCGGUUCCGAGACAAGACUGAGGAGCUGGGAAAAGGAACGACACGUGUGAAGAUUAUAAUAAUUACCUAUAAAUGAAGUAAUUUGUUUUUGUUCUAUUGUAAUUUAUUUUCUGUGCAUUUUAUUUAUUACUUUUUUACUCGUAUGACGUAACUUUGUUUUCAUUUCAAAGUAAGAAAAGUUAAGUUUUUGUUUUUUUUUUCUGUUAGGUUAUUCUAUGAAGGUCGGUUUUCAUGUCACAUUUAAAAAUAAACUAUGGAAAAGUAAAUAACUAUUUGUAUGUAGGGUUUGCGAUUUCGUAUUUAUUAUGAUUUGUAUAGGAAUUUAGAAAGAUAAAAAUGCGCCCAGUUAUGUCGGGUUUUGUCUUAUAUGUGUAUUAAAUUACAUUGCACUAUAAGCAACUAAAACUUGUGGCUUAGUACUAAUUAUUUGAAAACUCAUUUUUAGGCUUUAAAAAUUAAGUUUGUUGUUCUAGUCGAAACUGGAUUUGCUUGCGAUUAGGCUAUUACCUAUUAUAAGUACAAAUAAACCAAAAAUAUAUGGGAAUUGAUGUUAUUUCUGCUGCUGGUUAUGUCUCAUUAGAGACUCCAUUUAUGAAUCACGUUGAGUGAAAAUUCUAUUGACAUGUAAAUCGAUCUUACUGACAUUAGUUUUAGAUAUAUUAUAAAAGUAUUACUUGUAAAGAUUUAUUCAGCGUUGCCUUUAAGUAUGAUAGUCCACAGUUAGGACCUCGGGGUAUUGGAAUUUUCAAAUAAAUUUUAUGACGAGUUA